GGCUUCCCUUUCUUAAUCUGGAUAUAAUUUGUACCUUUCAAAAUAAUAUAUCCAUAAUUCUCUACCAAAAAAGGAAUGACGGGGGUUAUUUGUACGAUUAACUUACUCAUACAUGACGACCAACUAGAAAUUCAUCUAAAGAUCCCGCUUCGUUUCCAUUUCACCACUAUCAUCUCACCUAUCUCCUCCGCACUCUUCUUUUUACACUACUUGCUAUACCUACCUACCAUAUUGAAUGAUUCUAUUCAUCAAGCAAAAGGGAUUCAUUAGAACCAAAGGGAGAGAGAGAAAUUUCGGAACGAGGAUUACGGAACGGAAAAGAUUCUAAUUCACCCACCCACCUUCCAUCUACGAUUCGACAUACCUACCUGCCCAUACUUCGUCCUUUGAAUUUUCAAUAUAUUCCAUUCCAAUUCGAAACCUUUCAUUCUUCCCUUCUAUUACGACGCAGUACAGAUAUUUUCGAUAAGGGAUUUCUAAAACUCUACGCGGAUUCAAUAUUACGAAACUCAACAUAAUCAACACGGGUACUACACAACCACAACCUUACCCUUUCGACCUUCGACUUCGAAUUUCAUGUCCUUUCCUCUACUACAAGGAACACAACUUUGUCUUUGAUAAUCGUCAAUACUAUUUCUCCAAUACUAUGUUUUAAUACGACUUUAAUAAUAAUUUCUCGGACUUCCUCCAACGUUCUAUCACAAUCAAUCGUUCAUACCCCUUCAAGGCUCCAGUUACAUUGACCUCUACAAAACUAAUCAUUCCACCGAAGAUGAUAUUAAUGGAGGGAUUAAUGUUAGUACCACCUGAAAGGGGUACAAUAAUUGGAAGGGCAGUUUGGAAGCCUCGAUAUGUUGUACUUGGCUCUGGUGCACAUCUACACACACAAACCGAAAUCCUCGAGAAGUCCAACUCAAAGAAAGGAAAGUCAAUUAAAAGUACUUCUUCGAAACCCAGUUUGCCAGAUUUAGGAACUGCUUCAGACGAUGGAUUGUUUAUUUCAGUUUACAAGGCAAAGGGCGAUUGGGAGUAUAUUGCGCAACAUCCAAUAUCUGCUUUUAAAUCAUGCGAAAUCCGGUCAUUGUCACAUCGAAAACAAGCUACGCCAUUGCCUACACUGAUGUUAGAAUUGAAACCAGAUUCAAUAUCAGAGAAACAACGUAAAAGAAGAUCAAGUCGAACAGGGGGAUUAACAUCAAGCAAGGAUGCACAAUGGGCGGAUACACUCCUUUUCCGAUCGGUUCCCGAAGAUCGAAACAACAUUUAUGAUUGGCAAAUCACCAUCAAGCCAAGAUUACAAAUUGAUUAUUAUGAAGAGAGUCCUAUGAGUCCUUUGAGUCCAAUAUUUACAUCUUUCACCAAUCCCUUUUCUUCCAGAGACCCAAGACCAUCUUCACGAAAUGGUAGACAGGAUCAACAAACUCGACCACCUUUUCAAUCAUCCGGACAAUACACUCAAACCUCAAGAGAUCGUCCUUCCGCUAUGAUAUCUCCAUCUCCAAGUCUGCGUUCCCGACGCUCAGACCUUUCAUCUCAAGCAAGCUCAUCUCAUCCGCCUAUGGGUUUUACAUCGGCUCAUCCACAAUACAAUAUUACAAGUUUACCCACGGAUCUACCCUCGCCAAUUUCCGUUUCUGGUUAUGAUAAUUUUAUUGAAGGUUGGACUUCGGCUCAAGGAAGAUCUUCUGCAUUAUCUCAUCACACUAGAGGUAGCAAUAGUAUUGCAUCCGCUAUUGGUCCUCCACUUGCGUCACCGACUACAACAUCACCUGGUCCAAGAGAAACAAUUCUGGAUAGAGCGUUUCAAAUGAGAUGUAUUCCAGGAAGCGAAAGAUUGAGGGAUGAAGAGGAAAAAGGUAGUAGUAUUGCUAGAUUCGAAGCAUUGAUGAGGGAGCAUGAUGAAAGGGCAUUGCAAAGAUCAGCGACUUCAGCUACUGAUAGUAAGGGAAGAUCUAAACCUGGUUGGGAACUUGAGGAGGAAUCUGAGGAAUCAGACAAUGAGGACCCUGGUAAUGUUUUGGAGCAACUGGAUGGUCAUGACAUUCUUAUGCCUACUCCAGCACAAAGAGCAUUGGAUUAUAUUGCUGGACGACAAACACCUUUACCUCGGGUAUCCAGCUCUAGCUCAAGACCCAUUUCACCAAAUAGUCCACCAGUACCAUUUUUGAAUCGGGAUGCUAUGAAUGCCCUCCACAGUGGUGGUUCAAGCUCUACCAACCAAAGUUUCUCUUCCGUUGGAAAUGGUCUUCGCCCACGUACUGGUACAAAUUCAUCGCACAUGCGAAAGAAUAGUCGACCAACAUCUCUGGCGUUACCUCCAAGAUCUAUCUCUUCGAAUGUGGUAUCUUCAUCAAAGGAUGGUGGAAGUGGCAACUCAGGUAUAGCUCUUACCAAAGCCGAAAUGGAGAAAAGAAGAAGCAGUACGUCUACGAAACGUCUUUCAUUCCAGGAAUUCGCAAGAAGAUUGAGUUCGACAAGCUCCCUCUUGUUGGUUCAAACAAAUGCUAGUUCAAACUCUGGCAGAGGAGAUAGCUUUAGGGAAAGAGAUGACUCUAGAAGAGGUAGUGUAAGUGAUUAUGGUCUUGAGAGUGCAUCGGAACUCGCAGCGGAUAAUGAAAUGGAGGGAAGAAGAGGAAUGAGAGGUAAUAAUGGAUUAAGUUUGAGAGGUGGAGAUGUCCAAGUCGCCGAUCGGGAAAUGAAAAGAUGUGGUGGCGGCUUUAGAGGAAUGGGUGUUCUCGGUGGUGAAGGAGGCUUCCUUUGACCCUGAGGCAACAAGAGAAACGGUGAAGUGCCAGAGGAAGAUUGCAUAUUUGUUUUGAGCGUUCUUGAUUUCGCUAUUCAUUUCUUGUUUGUUUUUGUUGUUGUUUUGAUCAGAGCGAUGAUACCUUAGAUGAUCUUUUAUUUUUCGCGCAUAUUUAAAGGGUUUGGGCCGACCUGGUGCUUGGGCAACUCAGAUGAGAUGAGAUGACUGAGAUGAAAAUCACGGAAUGGCGUUCUUUGGCUUAUUUAAUUUUCAUUCUUUCUCAGUCGGCUGACUGGGACUUCCUUGGUGGAGAGGAUUCUAUUCAAUUGGAUUGAUAGAUUGAAUUGGUCUUGUGGUGGAUUGGAGAUGAAAGUGUACGAUGCAUUAGAUAUGCAAAUUUUGACGUCGAUGAGCCCAAUUUCACUGAGAAUGCUACAGCAGCACUACUCGUAUGGCCUUGAUGUAUUUAUGUAUGAAUACCCGAUAGAUGGCUAGUGUGUUGCCAUUGGAGAGGGAAUAGGGAUGGGGAUUGUGUGGAAAGUUAUCAAAAGGGUUGGACAGAAAACUGGAUGGGAUAAAAUGGAAAGGUGAAUGAGAUAGGGGGGGAUGUGAUAGAUAACAUAGGAAAAACACUGAAUGAAUAUCAGGGUAUUGAAUAAUCACAUACUCUUUUACUAU